UUCAAAAGCUGCUGCAGACGCACCGGCGCGGGGAUCUCCACGGUGGGGGACCCGGGAGCGGAAGGCUCCGGCCUCCGGGAAAUGCUGGGUGAGCCCAUCAGCCGGUGACCCGCAACUUUCCGGCGAGACCGCGCGGGAGAACGGCGCUUUGCCUCUUCCCGAGCUCAGCCCACGUUGGCGCCCUGCUUUGCUGGAGAGCUGGGCAGAGAGCGGAUCGGAUCCCCCGCCCUCCCGGCGCCUCCGGGGCUGGCGAGAGAGCUCUCCACCGCCUCCUUUCCCAGGAGGUGGCCGCCCGCCGCCGCCCGCCUGAAGCCCGCGUUUUGGCCGAGAGCGGGUUCUUGGAUGCUGAAGGCUGGGCUCCUCCAGCGCGGGAGCCCAGGCGGCGAUGGGUGUCUUUCAAGCGUGGCUCGGGGUGGCCCUCGCACUGGCGGAAUUUGCAGUAUUGCCUCAUCGCUCUGAAGGUGCUUGUGUCUAUCAGGGUUCCUUGUUGGCGGAUGCCACAAUUUGGAAGCCCGAUUCGUGCCAGAAUUGCCGUUGCCAUGGUGAUAUUGUUAUCUGCAAACCUGCUGUUUGCAGAAACCCUCAGUGUGCCUUUGAGAAGGGAGAAGUGCUUCAAAUAGCCGCCAACGGGUGCUGCCCCGAGUGUGUGUCCACAACUCGUGGGUCUUGCCAUCACGAAGAGAAAAUCUAUGCGCAUGGGACAGAGUGGGCCUCCUCUGUGUGUAGUGUGUGCUCCUGCACUCACGGAGAAGUCCGAUGUAGUCCCCAACCAUGCCCACCGCUGUUGUGUGGACACCAGGAGCUGGAGUUCAUCCCUGAAGGAAGCUGCUGUCCCAUCUGUGUGGGCCCUGGGAAGUCCUGUUCCUACGAAGGCCGUGUGUUUCAGGAUGGGGAAGACUGGCCACUGAGUUCCUGUGCCAAAUGCAUGUGUAGAAAUGGGGUCACCCAGUGCUUCGUGGCUCAAUGUCAGCCUCUGUUUUGUAAUAAGGAUGAAACUGUGGUUCGAGUUCCUGGAAAAUGCUGCCCCCAGUGCUCUUCUGGAUCCUGCUCCGCUGCUGGCCAAGUAUACCAGCAUGGUGAACAAUGGAGUGAAAACGCCUGCACCACCUGCCUAUGUGACCGGGGCAAGGUCCGGUGCCACACGCAAGCCUGCCCCCCUCUGAGAUGUGAAAAGGGUCAGAGAAGGGCUCAGCGCCAUGGGGAGUGCUGUGAGGAAUGUGUGUCUCCUGCCGGAAGCUGCUCCCACCUUGGGAGUGUGCGGUACCAGGAUGAGAUGUGGCAGGGCUCCGCCUGUGAGUUCUGCGUGUGUGACCGCGGCCGAGUGACCUGCCACACCGGAGAGUGUGCCAGGGUGGAGUGUGCCCAGGGUGAAGAAUUAAUUCACUUAGAUGGAAAAUGCUGUCCUGAAUGCAUUUCAAGGAGUGGCUAUUGUGUUUAUGAAGAAAAUGCAGAAUUUAUGUCCUCAAAUGCAAGUGAAGUUAAACAUAUUCCAGAGGGAGAGAACUGGGAGGAUGGCCCUUGCAAGCUGUGUGAGUGCCGGGGGGCUCAGGUAACUUGCUAUGAGCCCUCGUGUCCACUGUGUCCAGUGGCCACACUAGCCCAGGUGGUGAAGGGACAGUGCUGCCCAGAAUGCACGGCAGUUUACUGCCACCCAGACUGCUUGACCUGCUCUCAAUCUCCAGACCACUGUGUCCUCUGCCAGGACCCCACGAAGCUGCUGCGGAAUGGACGGUGUGUGCACAGCUGCGGCCCAGGAUUUUACCAGGCUGGGGCCCUCUGUUUAGCCUGCCAGCCUCAGUGCUCCACGUGUUCCAGUGGCCUGGAGUGCUCCUCCUGCCAGCCGCCCCUGCUGAUGCGGCAUGGGCAGUGUGUGUCCACCUGCGGGGAUGGCUUCUACCAAGAUCGCCACUCCUGUGCAGCCUGCCACGAGUCCUGUGCAGCCUGCUGGGGUCCCACGGAGAAACACUGCCUGGCCUGCGGGGACCCAUUCCACGUGCUGAGAGAGGGCGCCUGUGAGAGCAGCUGUGGCCCUGGGUUUUACAACAAGCAGGGCACCUGCAGUGCUUGUGACCAAUCCUGUGAAAGUUGUGGCCCCAAUAGUCCCAGAUGCCUUACCUGUGCUGAGAAGGCAGUGUUGCAUGAUGGCAAGUGCAUUUCUGAAUGCCCUGGUGGAUAUUAUGCUGAUGCCACUAGCAGAUGCAAAGUAUGUCAUAACUCGUGUGCCAGCUGCUCUGGACCCAGGGCCUCUCACUGUACAGCCUGCACCCACUCUCGGGCUCUGCGCCAAGGCCACUGUCUGCCCAACUGUGGAGUGGGCUUCUACCCUGACCACGGGAUCUGCAAAGCCUGUCAUUCCUCUUGUGUGACUUGUGUGGGUCCAGAGCGCUCUCACUGUACCCAGUGCAAGAAGCCAGAGGAAGGACUGCAAGCCGAGCAGCUGUCUGGUGUGAACAUCAGCUCGGGCGAGUGUCUGUCUCACUGUAGAGCCCAGUUUUACUUGGAGAACACGGGGCUGUGUGAAGCUUGUCACCAAUCCUGUUUCGGGUGUGCAGGGCAGAGCCCGCACAACUGCACAGCCUGCUGGCCUUCCCAUGUGCUGAUGGAGGGGCAGUGCCUCUCCCAGUGCCCGGAUGGGUACUUUAACCAGGAAGGCAGCUGUACAGAAUGCCACCCCACCUGCAGGCAGUGCCACGGCCCAUCUGAAUCUGACUGCAUUUCCUGUCACCCUCAUGUCACUAUUAAUGGUGGAAACUGCAGGACCAGCUGCAAGGAAGAGCAGUUCCUCAACCUCAUGGGGUACUGUGCUGACUGCCAUCCUCUGUGCCAGCAAUGUGCAGCUGAUCUCCACAACCCCGGGAGCAUCUGCCUGAGGUGUCAGAACACCCAGUUCCUGCUGCUGGGGGACCACUGUGUUCCUGACUGCCCUUCUGGUUAUUACGCAGAGAAAGGAGCCUGUAAAAAAUGUCACUCCUCCUGUAGAACCUGCCAGGGCCGAGGACCCUUCUCCUGCUCCUCAUGUGACACCGGCCUCGUUCUGUCCCACCUUGGCACCUGCAGCACCACCUGCUUCCCAGGGCACUAUCUCGAUGACAGCCAUUCUUGUCAAGCAUGCAACCCGCACUGUGGAAGCUGUGAUUCACAGGCCAGCUGUACCUCCUGCCGAGAUCCAAGCAAGGUCCUGCUCUUUGGGGAUUGUCAGAAUGAGAACUGUGCCCCACAGCACUAUCUUGACUUCUCCACCAAGACAUGCAAAGAGUGUGAUUGGAGUUGCAAUGCGUGCAGCGGGCCUCUGAGGACAGACUGCCUGCAGUGCAUUGAAGGCUACGUUCUCCAGGACGGCACCUGCGUGGAGCAGUGCGCACCAUCAUUCUACCGGGACUCAGGCCUCUGCAAGGGCUGUGACAGCCACUGUCUCCAGUGCCAAGGUCCCCAGGAGUGUACCCGCUGUGAGGAACCAUUUCUCCUCUUGGGAGCCCAGUGUGUCCAGGAAUGCGGGAAAGGGUACUUUGCAGAACAUGCCAGUCGCAAAUGUGCAGCCUGCCCUCGGAGGUGCUUGCAGUGCAGCCACAGAAACCGAUGUCACCGCUGUGACCAUGGGUUCUCUCUGAAAAGUGGCCUUUGCGUUUCCAACUGUGUUCCUGGCUUCUCUGCCCACUCAUCUAACGAAACAUGUGCUGGCAGAACACACACUCCUGGUCUUCAUGUGAAUGGUUCUCUCACCCUGGCCAUUGGUUUAAUGAAGCCACUGGAUUUUUCCCUCCUGAACGUCCAAGACAAGGAUGGCAGGGUCGAAGACCUCCUGUUCCAUGUUGUGAGCACACCCACCAAUGGGCAGCUAGUGCUCUCGAGGAAUGGGAAAGAGGUGCAACUCGACAAGGCUGGCCAUUUUAGCUGGAAAGAUGUGAAUGAGAAAAAAGUGCGCUUUGUGCACAGCAAAGAAAAGCCCAGGAAAGGUUACUUUUCCCUGAAAAUUAGUGACCAGCAGUUCUUCUCUGAGCCACAGGUGAUCAAUAUACAAGCAUUUUCAACACAGCCCCCCUAUGUACUGAGAAAUGAGGAUCUCCACGUUAGCAGAGGAGAGAGGGGAACCAUCACCACCCAGCUGCUUGACAUCCGAGAUGAUGACAAUCCACAGGAUGUGAUAGUUGAAGUGCUGGAUCCUCCACUUCAUGGCCAAUUGCUUCAAACACUUCAGUCCCCUGCCUCCCCUGUCUAUCAGUUCCGGCUGGAUGAAGUCUCCAGGGGCCUUCUCUACUAUGCUCACGAUGGUUUGGAUAGCACAUCUGAUGUUGCAGUCUUGCAAGCCAAUGAUGGAUACUCUUUCCAAAAUAUACUGUUCCACGUGAAGAUUGUGCCCAAGAAUGACAAAGGUCUUCGGCUUGUGGCCAAUUCAAUGGUGUGGGUUCCGGAAGGGGGAAUGCUGCAGAUUACCAACAGGAUCUUACAGGCUGAAGCCCCAGGUGCCAGAGCCUCAGAAAUCAUCUACAAUAUUAUGCAGGACCACCCCCAAUUUGGGGAGGUGGUCCUUCUGGUUAAUAUGCCUGCGGAUAGCCCCGCUGAAGAAGGCCAGCCCCUGCCUGAUGGGAGGACAGCAACCCCCACCAGCACCUUCAGCCAGCAAGACAUCAAUGAAGGCAUCGUGUGGUACAGGCACUCGGGAGUCCCAGCCCAGAGUGACUCCUUCCGCUUUCAGGUUUCCAGUGCCAUCGAUGCCCACACCCACCUGGAGAGCCGCAUGUUCAACAUCGCAAUCUUACCACAGACGCCUGAAGCACCUCAGCUCUCUCUGGGAGCGUCUCUCCAUAUGACUGCUCGGGAAGAUGACCUGACUGUGAUUCAGCCUCAUUCUCUCUCUUUUGUCAACUCUGAGAAGCCAAGUAGAAAGAUUAUAUACAAUGUCACUUUACCUCUGCAUCCAAGUCAAGGUAUCAUCGAACAUAGGGACCAGCCACACUCUCCCAUCCGGUAUUUCACACAGGAAGAUAUUAACCAGGGCAAAAUCAUGUACCGCCCUCCCACAGCAGCCCCCCACCUCCAGGAAAUCAUGGCCUUCUCCUUCGCUGGUCUCCCAGAAUCGGUGAAAUUCCACUUCACAGUUUCGGAUGGAGAACACACGAGUCCAGAGAUGGCUCUCACCAUUCACUUACUUCACUCUGAUCGGCACCCCCCAGUGUUCCAGGUCACAGCUCCACUACUCAAGGUCAGCCCAGGAGGCAGAACUUCCAUAGGGCUGCAGGUGGUAAUAAGAGACACCGAGACAGCGCCUGAAGAACUCCUCUUUGAGCUUCGGAAACCGCCCGAGCACGGCGUGCUCCUUAAGGACACAGCUGAGUUCCCAGGGCCCAUGGCCCCAGGUGACACUUUCACAUAUGAGGAUAUUGAGAAAAAUGUGCUGCAGUACCUCCACGACGGCUCCUCUGCGCGGGAGGACAGCCUGGAGAUCUUGGUCACAGACGGCCUCUCGGCGAUGACCGUGGACGUGAGAGUGGAGGUGUCCCUGUCAGGGGCCCCAGCGCCUCGGCUGGCUGCCGGUGCCUCUCUGAGCAUGACCGUUGCUAGUGAAAGCACAGCUGUAAUCACUAGAUCUCACCUUGCUUACAUCGAUGAUUCUUCCCCCGACUCCGAGAUCUGGAUUCAAUUAAGUUCUCUGCCCAUGUACGGGACUCUUUUAAGAACCUCAGGACUUGAAGUGGAAGAAAUCUCAGAGGUUGCCAAUUUCACGAUGGGAGAUAUCAACAACCAGAAAAUUAGGUACUCAGCCGUGUUUGAGACCGAGGGUCAGCUGGUUACGGAUAGCUUCCAUUUCUCUGUGUCUGACAUGGACCACAACCGACUGGAAAAUCAGAUGUUUACCAUCACGAUCACUCCUGUCAAGAAUCCACCUCCAGUCAUUGCCUUUGCUGACCUGAUAACGGUUGACGAGGGAGGGAGAACUCCACUCUCAUUUCACCAUUUCUUUGCUGCUGAAGAUCAGGACAACCUCCAGGGCGAUACCGUCAUUAGACUAAGUGCUCUGCCCAAGUACGGCUGCAUUGAGAACACAGGAACAGGUGAUCGUUUUGGCCCUGGAACUACUAGUGACCCAGAGGCAUCCUUCCCAAUUCAAGACAUUCUGGAAAACUACAUUUACUACUUUCAGAGUGUUCAUGAAAGCAUUGAGCCCACUCAUGAUAUCUUUAGUUUUUAUGUAAGUAAUGGAAAUAGUCAUUCGGAAAUCCACAGCAUCAAUAUCACCAUCGAGAGGAAGAAUGACGAGCCUCCCAGGAUGACUUUGCAGCCCCUGCACGUGCAGCUGAGCUCGGGAGUGGUGAUAAGCAAUUUUUCUUUGAGCUUGCAAGACCUGGACACCCCAGAUAAUGAGCUGAUUUUUGUAUUGACAAAAAAGCCUGACCACGGUCACCUACGCCAGAGGCAGACUGCUUCUGAGCUUCUGGAGAAUGGGAGGAUUUUAGACCAGGGCUCCUCCUUCACCUACCAGGACAUCCUGGGCGGACUGGUGGGGUACACGCCUGGUGGGCCCGGUGUGCAGGUGGAUGAGUUCUGGUUCUCUCUCUCUGAUGGACUCCACAUGGACACUGGGAGGAUGGAGAUAUACAUUGAGCUGCCUACGGGUGACGCCCCCCACUUGGCUGUUAACCGAGGCCUGCAGCUCUCAGCAGGGUCUGCAGCACGCAUCACAGAACAGCACUUGAAAGUGACAGACACUGACUCAGAUGAAAGUCAGGUGAUGUUCAUUGUGAAGGAAGAUCCUGGUGCUGGGCGCCUGCAGACAGUGAAGCACGGCAGCCUGGAGCAAAUCUCCGUCAAAGGCCCCGUCCGGAGUUUCACGCAGGCUGACAUCAGCCAAGGCCAAGUAGAAUACAGUCACAGAAAAGGAGAAUCUGGUGGGAACUUUGACUUUAAGUUUGAUGUGGUUGAUGGAGAAGGCAACAAAUUGAUCAGCCAGUCAUUUCCCAUCAUUGUUUUGGAAGACAAAUCCCCACCGGUCAUCACCACCAAUAAAGGAAUGGUCUUAGAUGAAAACUCAGUGAAGAAAAUCACCACCCUGCAGCUCUCUGCCACUGACCAGGAGAGCGAGCCGGCAGCACUAACCUACAGAAUCACCAGACAGCCCCAGCUGGGCCACCUGGAGCAUGCAGGGUCACCAGGUAUCCUGAUCACUUCUUUUACUCAGGCUGACCUGGCUUCACGAAACGUUCAAUAUGUCCACUCCAGUGAGUCCGAGAACCAUUCAGAUGCCUUCAGCUUUACGCUCUCGGAUGGAGUCCAUGAGGUGACCCAGAUGUUCCACAUUACCAUUCGCCCUGUGGAUGACUCGCUGCCCGUUGUACAGAAUGCGGGGAUGCGGGUGCAGGAGGGCGUGAGGAAGACCAUCACAGAAUUUGAGCUCAAGGCCGUGGAUGCAGAUACAGAGGCUGAGUCUGUCACGUUCACCAUUGUGCAGCCCCCACGUCAUGGCAGCAUCGAGCGAACCACCAAUGGGCAGCAUUUCCAGUUCAUCUCCACCUUCACUAUGGAGGACGUCUACCAGAACCGAGUCAGCUACAGCCAUGAUGGCAGCAACUCCCUCAAAGACUGGUUCACCUUCACUGUUGCUGAUGGGACGAACCCCUUCUUUAUUAUUGAGGAAGGAGGGAAAGAGAUUAUCACAGCAGCGCCUCAGCAGUUCCGAGUAGACAUCCUCCCAGUGGAUGACAGCACUCCGAGAAUUGUCACAAACCUGGGGCUCCAGUGGCUGGAGCGUAUGGAUGGCAAGGCAACCAACUUGAUCACCAAGAAAGAACUGCUGACCCUGGACCCGGACACGGAAGACCUGCAACUUGUCUAUGAGAUCACUACGGGCCCCAGGCAUGGCCACGUGGAGAACAAGCUGCAACCUGGCCGAGCUGUCGUGACCUUCACACAGGAGGAUGUGAACUUGGGGUUGAUUCGUUACGUGUUGCAUGAGGAGAAGAUCCAUGAGAUGAUGGAUAGUUUUCAGUUUCUGGUGAAAGACAGUAAACCCAACGUGGUCAGAGAUAAUGUCUUCCACAUCCAGUGGUCCCUCAUCAGCUUUAAGCAUACUAGCUACAAUGUCAGUGAGAAGGCGGGGUCUGUCAGCGUCACAGUGCAGAGGACUGGGAACCUGAACCAAUACGCCAUAGUCCUGUGUCACACGGAACAAGGCACUGCCAGCUCCAGCUCCAGGGUCCGCUCCCAGCCUGGGCAGCAGGACUACAUGGAGUAUGCUGGCCAGGUGCAGUUUGAUGAGCGAGAGGACACCAAAUCCUGCACCAUUGUCAUCAACGAUGAUGACGUGUUUGAGAAGGUGGAGAGUUUCACCGUGGAGCUCAGCAUGCCAGCAUAUGCCCUACUAGGGGAGUUCACCCAGGCGAAGGUCAUUAUCAAUGACACUGAGGACGAACCCACAUUAGAGUUUGAUAAGAAGACCUACCGGGUCAACGAGAGCGCUGGUUUUCUAUUUGCACCUAUUGAAAGAAAAGGGGAUGCAAGCAGCAUUGUGUCUGUGAUUUGCUAUACCAUCCCUAACUCAGCUAUGGGAAGUAGCCUCUACGCUCUAGAAUCGGGCUCUGAUUUUAAAUCUAGAGGGAGGUCUGCUGACAGUCGUGUGAUAUUCGGGCCUGGUGUCACCAUGUCCACCUGUGACGUCAUGCUCAUUGAUGACAGCGAAUAUGAAGAGGAAGAAGUGUUUGAGAUUGCCCUGGCAGGUGCUUCUGACAAUGCCCGCAUCGGAAGGGUGUCAUCAGCCAAGGUGCUCAUCAGUGGUCCCAAUGAUGCCUCCACUGUGUCCCUGGGCAACACGGCUUUCACUGUCAGUGAGGAUGCAGGAGCAGUGAAGAUCCCAGUUAUCCGCCAUGGGACUGACCUUUCAACCUUCACAUCUGUCUGGUGUGCUACGCGUCCCUCGGACCCAGCUUCUGCCACUCCAGGAGUUGACUAUGUUCCCAGCUCUAGGAAGGUGGAAUUCGGACCAGGUGUCACUGAGCAGAUGAGACUGACUGGGGAAGAAACAUUCACCAAGCAUAGUCAUGUUAUUGCCACCUACUCCCUAAUAGCACAGACCAUUAUCCUGGAUGACAGAGCCCUAAAUGUGCCCAGCAUGCAGUUUGCCAAGGACUUGCUCCUAGUGAAGGAGAAGGAGGGUGUUCUGCACGUGCCUAUCAUUCGGAGUGGAGACCUGAGCUAUGAGUCGUCGGUGAGGUGCUAUACUCAGAGCCAGUCGGCUAAGGUCACAGAGGACUUUGAAGAGAGAAGAAAUACAGACUCUUCACGGAUUACGUUUCUGAAAGGGGAGAAAAUGAAGAACUGCACUGUCUCCAUCCAUGAUGACUCGAUGUUUGAGCCUGAGGAACAGUUCAGGGUCUUCCUCGGCCUUCCCCUUGGGAAUCACUGGAGUGGAGCCAGAGUUGGAAAGAAUAGCAUGGCCACCAUCACCAUAUCCAAUGAUGAAGAUGCCCCCACCAUUGAGUUUGAAGAAGCUGCGUACCAAGUCCGGGAACCCUCGGGACCUGACGCCACGGCCAUUCUGAACAUCAAGGUGAUCCGCAAAGGGGAUCAGAACAGGACGUCCAAGAUCCGCUGUAGCACGCGGGACGGGUCUGCCCAGUCUGGUGUGGAUUACUACCCGAAGAGCCGAGUCUUGAAGUUCAGUCCCGGUGUGGAUCAUAUCUUUUUUAAAGUCGAGAUCCUGUCCAACGAAGACCGGGAAUGGCAUGAAUCAUUCUCCCUAGUCCUUGGCCCAGAUGACCCGGUGGAAGCAGUUCUUGGUGAAGUGACCACUGCCACAGUGACGAUCCUAGACCAGGAGGCAGCAGGGAGUCUCAUACUGCCAGCACCACCCAUCGUUGUCACACUUGUGGACUAUGACCAUGUGGAAGAGGUUACCAAGGAAGGAGUCAAGAAAUCUCCCUCCCCAGGUUACCCGCUGGUCUGUGUCACCCCUUGCGACCCUCAUUUCCCCAAGUAUGCCAUCACGAGGGAGCGCUGCAGUGAGGCUGGCAUCAACCAGACAUCCGUGCAGUUCAGCUGGGAAGUGGCUGCCCCCACUGAUGGCAACGGGGCCCGGUCUCCCUUUGAGACCAUCACCGACAACACACCAUUCACCAGUGUCAACCACAUGGUCCUGGAUAGCAUUUACUUCAGCCGGAGGUUCCAUGUGCGUUGUGUGGCAAAGGCUGUAGACAAAGUGGGCCAUGUGGGGACCCCCUUAAGGAGCAACAUUGUUACCAUUGGGACAGACAGUGCUAUCUGCCACACCCCCGUCAUGGCUGGGACAGCCAGAGGCUUCCAGGCUCAGUCCUUCAUCGCGACCUUGAAGUACCUGGAUGUCAAACACAAGGAGCAUCCGAACAGAAUCCACAUUUCGGUGCAGAUCCCACACCAGGAUGGAAUGCUGCCCCUCAUCUCCACCAUGCCCUUGCACAACCUGCAUUUCCUGUUAUCCGAGUCCAUCUACCGACACCAGCACAUCUGCUCCAAUCUGGUCACCACCCGCGACCUGAGAGGCAUGUCAGAGGCAGGGUUCCUAGAUGACAAGGUCUACGACAGCACGGCCAUGGGGCCUGGCUAUGACCGCCCCUUCCAGUUUGACCCCAGUGUCCGGGAGCACAAGACCAUCCAGCUCUACAAACACCUCAACCUGAAGAGCUGUGUCUGGACCUUUGAUGCCUAUUAUGACAUGACCGAGUUAAUUGACGUCUGUGGGGGGUCCGUAACUGCCGACUUCCAGGUGAGAGACUCUGCACAGUCGUUCCUGACCGUGCACGUGCCUCUCUACGUGUCCUACAUCUACGUGACGGCGCCCCGGGGCUGGGCCUCCUUGGAGCACCACACCGAGAUGGAGUUUUCCUUCUUCUAUGACACUGUUCUCUGGAGAACAGGAAUCCAGACAGACAGCGUGCUCUCUGCAAGGCUUCAGAUACUAAGAAUCUAUAUUCGAGAGGAUGGCCGACUCGUCAUUGAAUUUAAGACCCAUGCCAAAUUCAGAGGACAAUUUGUGAUGGAGCACCACACCCUGCCAGAUGUGAAGUCUUUCAUAAUGACUCCAGACCACCUGGGAGGAAUGGAAUUUGACCUGCAGCUACUGUGGAGUGCUCAGACCUUUGAUUCUCCUUAUCAACUCUGGAGAGCCACAAGCUCUUACAACAGGAAGGACUACUCAGGGGAGUACACCAUCUUCCUGAUCCCUUGUACGGUGCAACCCACACAGCCAUGGGUUGACCCAGGAGAGAAGCCUUUGGCCUGCACCGCACAUGCCCCGGAAAGAUUCCUGAUACCCAUUGCAUUCCAGCAGACCAACCGCCCUGUGCCCGUGGUGUAUUCUCUCAAUACUGAAUUUCAGCUCUGCAAUAAUGAGAAGGUGUUUCUGAUGGAUCCCAACACAUCUGAUAUGUCACUGGCAGAAAUGGAUUACAAAGGAGCCUUCUCAAAAGGUCAAAUCCUUUAUGGCCGAGUACUUUGGAAUCCAGAACAAAACCUUAAUUCUGCUUACAAACUCCAGCUGGAGAAAGUCUAUCUUUGUACUGGCAAGGAUGGCUAUGUGCCUUUCUUUGAUCCCACGGGAACAAUCUACAAUGAAGGGCCACAGUAUGGGUGCAUUCAGCCAAACAAACACCUAAAACACAGAUUCUUGCUGCUGGACCGCAGCCAGCCAGAGGUAACCGAUAAGUACUUCCAUGACGUGCCCUUUGAGGCCCACUUUGCUUCCGAAUUGCCUGAUUUCCGCGUGGUCAGCAGCAUGCCAGGUGUGGAUGGGUUUACUCUGAAAGUAGAUGCUCUCUAUAAGGUGGAAGCAGGACACCAGUGGUACCUCCAGGUCAUCUACAUCAUUGGCCCUGACACCCUCUCAGGGCCCCGGGUCCAGCGCUCUCUCACAGCCCCUCUGAGGCGCCACCGAAGGGACCUGGUGGACGCCAGUGGCCGGCUGGCCCUUGCCGAUUCCCUCAUCUAUGACAAUGAAGGGGACCAAGUCAAGAAUGGCACCAAUAUGAAGUCCCUCAGCCUGGACAUGCAGGAGCCCGUUGUAGCUGCCUCUCUGUCCCAAACGGGGGCGUCUAUUGGCAGUGCGCUCGCUGCUAUCAUGCUUCUGCUUCUGGUGUUCUUGGUGGCUUGUUUCAUCACCAGGAAGUGCCAGAGACAGAGGAAGAAACCGCCCACAGAGGACAUUUUGGAGGAAUACCCUCUGAAUACCAAGGUGGAGGUGCCCAAGAGGAGCCCCGACAGGGUGGAGAAGAACGUGAGCAGACAGUACUGCACCGUGCGCAACGUCAACAUACUGAGCGACGCCGAGGGGGCGUACGUGUUCAAAGGUGCUAAAGUGAAAAAAUUGAAUCUGGAAGUCAGAGUUCACAACAAUUUACAAGACGGAACAGAAGUUUAAUGGAGGAGACCCAUGUGUAUUUUUUUUCUAAAAUCAUUUUUAUAAAACGGGGGAAAUACUGGUAUUUUUAUAAUCUUGCAGAUGAAAAGGGAAAACUAUAGCUUUGAGCAGGGGAAGGCACACAUCACUUACAUCAACUCACAACUGAGCUACCUCAUUCAACAAAGAACCACUAGAACCCCCAGAGUACUGGAGUCGCUGUUUCUGUGGAUCCCGUUAGUAGUCUCAGUAGCUGCAGUUGCUCCUGGAAGGCCGAUCUCCGAAAGCAAGUGUGUUAGUGUUAGGGCGGGAGGUAGACCCUUAGGUUAGCUGAUGCAGUUCCGAGGAAGGGGAAUGGACAGUGGCAGAUCUCAGAAAGUGGCCUUCAGGGCCUUUGGUUUCCUCCCCCACUUCCAGCUUUCUUCUACUUGGGCUUUUUCUGGGCCUCUGGACAACAGAGUUCAAAUGGCUGACACCCAGAUUCCAUUCAAAAUCCUGCUAAUCAGCACAAUGUUGUAUUUCUCAUUGCAUCCACUUGACAGCCUGCACUCACUCCAUGGCCUCUAAUUGCACUUUGCCAUUUCCAAAGUCCUUUUCACCUAGGGGUUCAAAGUGCUCCAGAUACUCACAGGAGAAACCUCGGGCAUGGCAGGAGGGGCAGCUGAAACCUACAGAAAGGAGGGGCCUGGCAAGCGCCUCAGAGCUAUCAUGUUUCUGCACUGCACCCUGGUCCCAGGGAGAUGUCCUUGUGCCCAACUAGUUGAUGCUACAUCGAGGACAUGUUAGGACACCUUUCUGUCAAAGGAUGCUACAAAACAAGGUCACUGCCCAUGACCUUUUUCUGCAUCGCCAUGGAUGCUUUAGAAACCUACCACAUUUCCUGCUACCCCAGGCUUUGCCCAGUCCAACAAUAGACAAGCCCAUGUACUUUGCUAGCUGUGGGGUUUUUAUGGUGCUAGGGUUUCAGGAAAGUAAGUGAUGCAUUUGAAUAAAGCAAAUUAGGGUAAAGCCCAGGCCAGAGUGAAAUCAGUGAAUAGAUGCCUACUAAUAUAAGACAGCAGAUAAAGUACUAGUACUCACAGCAGAUAAAGGCACCAUUCCUGGUACCGUACGUAUUUCAGGGAUUUCUCUUUGUGGGGGUUCUUUUCUGGUAGCUCAGGCAUUUAUUUUUAACAAAUCAGCACAUGACAAGGCCAUAAACACUGGCUUUUAAAUGAUUUCGUGUUCAAAUAGCAGCUUAACGAUUUUGCACAUUGUGUACACACCGCUUGCUGUUGUGUUUCUUGUUGGUUCCUGCCUUAUUGUAAAACCAUAAGCAUGCAUGUCUUAAACUGAGACACCAUUUCAUUAUUCUCUUCCUGAUGCCUGCCAUGCCAUAAUCACUGAGCAAAUGACAGCGCCCCUGCACCGCAUAAUAUUUGUACUAGAAUGACCCAAGUUCUUUGGAACAUUCCAAACUGGGAACACUUUGGUACUAAAAGCUAGAAAGAAUGAACUCUGAAAGGUUUUCGGCAUCUCUACCGUACUCCAAGCUCCUUGAGAGUAGGGCCUGUGUGAGCUGUGACUUUGAUUAUUCAUCAGUGCCUUGCAUAUAAUAAGCACUCUAGAAAUAUUUGUUGAGUGAACAGAUGACUGGUGUCACAGGUGAGUUAUAGAGGAAUAAAUUUAGAAACGGGAGGUAAGAGGGUAUGGUGGCAAUAUCACAAGGGAAAGUAGAGAGAAAAGCAAAAACUGGCUUCUACUUGGAUUAUGAAAUAAUCUCAUUGGAACAAAGAAGCACCAGUUUACGUAGACGUGAAUCUGGCCAUGGUCUUAAGGAGGACUGAACAGACAAGUCAUAGUAGUGCAUUAGCAGGAGGUGAGACUGUGACUUGGUCUCCAGAGCAAGACAUAUAGAGGAAUGUCUGACUUAGCAUGCUGCGAUGAGUGUAAAGUUUUCAUGAUAGGAUGAAUCGAGGAAGCCCAGAGCCGGAAAUGCCUGACUGGUCUGGUGCCACUUGAGACACCAGGCAAUUUGGGGCAGAAUUUAUGUACCCGCCUCACAAACAUCCAGAAUUGGUGUCUCAUGGCUUCCUGCUCACCAGAGGGGCAGACUCUUCUAACAACCUAGAGGGCUCAUGCUAAUUCUUCAAGGACAGGAAGCCAGUCAUUUGACAAGCAACUUUGAUUUGGUCCUUUAUUUAUCGUUCCUCAUGCCAGAUGCUUACACAUUAAAGCAGCAUCUUCCCAUUUGCUCAAAUAUUUGUCUUGCACAUCCUCUCCAUUACUACCAAAGGGGACACAUGAUGGGAAGAGUGCAGACAAGUGGCAGGGUGAAGCUAGUUGGGAAGCGAUGGAGACUGAGAUCUCUGUGUGCUCCUAGCAGCCUCCAUGGAGGAGGUCUUGUAUGACCAGGGAAGCGUCCUGUGAAGACCUUGAGGUAGUGAAUCGUCUGUGUGAAAGGAAGCCCUUGGAAUAGUCCUGCCCUCCUUCCUCUCAGCCCUUCCCCCCACUACAUACAUGUUCCUGAAUGCGGUGCUUCUCUGGUGGAUGACACAUUACACGGAAAGUGUUAAGAGAUGUGAACUUGAGAUUGACUCUUUUGAUACAGAAUUUUGUAUUUCAUUUGUUUUAUACUUCAUUUAGGGAUCAGACCAUUUGGUGGCUGAUGUGGGAUUAUACUUCAAAACUCUGUUUUCUGUUCCUGACUUGCUCACUAAAGCCCUGUGUGUGUUUUACUAACCUCUUACAGCAUGCCUUUAGGUAAGAGGGAACAAAGCCCCCAGGGGGUUGCUAUUUGCUACCACACACUGGCUGGCUGUGAAGGUUAAAAGAAGAGCUGCAGCUGUUUUCUGCCUGCAUUGUCCCCGGCCUCCUGGAGGACUCCUGCAGUCUCACUGGUGGAUGGGGAAUCAUGGUGAAAUACUUUUGCACAGCCUUCUGACAUUCAGGCUCGGUGUCCUGUAGGAAUUCUUGUGAUUCUUGGAUACUGCGCACCUGCUCAGACUGAGUAAAAUAUUUGUGGUGCUGUCAACCCGAUUUCUUGACUCCCAAAUGAUUUUUGUAUUUCCAAUACCAAUUUGUGUGUGGUGAAUUUCUGAUCUCUUCAAUAGCAUAUGCCACUAUAUAAAUUUGUAUUAAUAAA